CCGGCCGCACGAGCUCUUCGAGUCGUCGCACAUCGAGACGGCCAUCAAUCUGGCCAUCCCGGGUCUCAUGCUGCGCCGCCUGCGCAAGGGCAACCUACCCAUCCGCUCCAUCAUUCCCAACCAUGCCGACAAGGAGCGCUUCGCCACGCGCUGCAAGGCGGCCACCGUGCUGCUCUACGACGAGGCCACGGCUGAGUGGCAGCCCGAGCCCGGUGCUCCCGCCUCGGUUCUCGGCCUGCUCCUGCAGAAGCUGCGAGACGACGGCUGCCAGGCCUACUACCUCCAAGGUGGUUUCAACAAGUUCCAGACGGAAUACUCAGAGCAUUGUGAGACUAAUGUGGACAGCUCGUCCUCUCCGAGUGGCUCACCACCCACCUCCGUGCUGGGCCUGGGGGGCCUGCGCAUCAGCUCUGACUGCUCUGAUGGCGAGUCAGACCGAGAGCUGCCCAGCAGUGCCACUGAGUCGGAUGGCAGCCCUGUGCCGUCCAGCCAGCCAGCCUUCCCAGUCCAGAUCCUGCCCUACCUCUACCUCGGCUGUGCCAAGGACUCUACCAACCUGGAUGUACUUGGCAAGUAUGGCAUCAAAUAUAUCCUCAAUGUCACACCCAACCUGCCCAAUGCCUUUGAGCAUGGUGGCGAGUUCACCUACAAGCAGAUCCCCAUCUCUGACCAUUGGAGCCAGAACCUCUCUCAGUUCUUCCCGGAGGCCAUCAGCUUCAUCGAUGAAGCCCGAUCCAAGAAGUGCGGUGUCUUGGUGCACUGCCUUGCAGGCAUCAGCCGUUCAGUGACAGUUACUGUAGCCUACCUGAUGCAAAAGAUGAACCUGUCCCUCAACGACGCCUACGACUUCGUUAAGAGGAAAAAGUCUAACAUCUCACCCAAUUUCAACUUCAUGGGGCAGCUGCUGGACUUUGAGCGGACGCUGGGGCUCAGCAGCCCGUGCGACAACCACGCACCCAGUGAACAGCUCUACUUCUCCACUCCCACCAACCACAACCUGUUCCCCAUCAACACCCUCGAGUCCACGUGAGGCCUGACACACUAAUGGGCGCAGCACCAGGGUCCCCCUGCCUUCCACAGGGCCCGAUGGGGGGGCCCUAGCCUGCUGCUCCCCUGGCCUGAAGAAUGCACAGAUGUUACCUGUGUCCAGAGGACCGGGCUGAGCAGUCACUGAGCUCCCACGUUGUCCUGGGCAGGGCCCACAGCAAGACUGCUUGUGGUAGCACUUGCUGUUGUGGCUUCAGCUUUCCAGACAUGUGUUGCUGAAGUGAGCAUUGGUCUCAACUUUCAGACUGGUGGCUUGGGGGGCCAGUGGGGCCUUGUGUCUGCCCCAGGACAUCCAUUCUGCUGAUAGCCCAGCCAUUGUGACUGUUUUUAAAGACAUAUCCACAGACCUGAGUUUACUACUUCUGGCAGGUAAUCCAAGCUCCCUGGAGCACAGAGUGUUCAAGCUCUUCUUGAUUUUCUUUUCUUUUCUUUCUUUCUUUUUUUUUUUUUAACAAAAAGUGUUAUUUUUCAGGUUACAUGCAACAGUGUAUUGUAUAAACCAAUAUUUCACCCCUUUCUUAAUCUGCAAGAGAGAGAGAGAGAGAGAUGUUCUCAGUUUCAUUUCUUCCUAUUUCAAAAAGCAACCAUUGUGGGGUUUUUUUGUGUUGUUGUUGUUUUCAAUGGAAAAGACAAACCACAUGUUCUUGACCAAAUGCAUUUUGCACAUGUGUGAAGCCUCUCUUUUCCCAGCAGGCCAUUCUUGGGAGGGGGGUGGGUUGCUGCUUUCCAGGCAUCAGGACCCCUGGUUAUACCAUCUCUAACCUGUGGCCCAGCCGAGUUCAGUGCUGCAUUUGCACUGAUGAGUUGCUGUGAGUUGUGCUUGGUGGGCACUGGUGGUCUUUGCAUUGUCUGUCCUCCUAGCCACCUUCUGAGAAUCCUGCAGGCCUCUCUGAGGCAGGUUGUGAUGGUCUUGCUGGAGGCGGUGCCACAGGGAAAUGCCAAGCAGUAGUAUUAGCCACGUGGGCUCAGCUUUUUUAUAAAUUUCCCCACAACUUGUGUCAUCAUCUCGGUCUCUGACUGGGAAUAGAGACCCCACAGUACCUGGGUAAAGAAUGGGUGGUGGGCACACCCUGCCUUCUGGUCUUUUCCCUAAUCCUCACUGUGGCUUUGAUCCAGUUACAACUCCCAGCCCCCUUGUCUAGGUGCAUGCCUGCCCUGGCCUGUGUUGCCCAUGCCUUUUACCUGCAGGCAACUUUAUAUGCAUGGCAACUUAAGGGCGGGGCAGGUGGGGCAAGGACAGGCCAGUGGAGGGAGUGUGAGGUUCUGUCUGCUACUCAGUAUCCAUAGCACAGCCACAGAUUCUAUAAUGUUCCUCCAGUUUUAUUCCUUUUCAAGACUCUUAUCAGAAACCAUGAGAAAUGGGAAGGGUGGGGGUGCUGGGGUCCUGGUGGAGCCAGCACCCGCAGUAGGCAGUGAGUGAGGUCACAGAAACACCACCCCACCACAUCUUACCUCACAGGGGUGGUUUUCAGGGAUUCUUUAGGGCACCAGGUUAAAAUCUUGCCACAGUUGAGAAAUGGACAAGAAACUUCCAUGCUGUAUGUGGUAUGUCUCUGUCUCUCUCUCUCUCUGUCUCUCUCAUUUUUAAAAAGAAAAGCCCAGAAAGAUGGAUCAGAGUGUAAAUGAGUGUAUACCAGAGAGGGUGGCCAGUUUUGCUUUAUGAUCUUAUGAAGGAAAAUUUGUGACCCUACACACACACACAUACACAUACACACACACACAUAUACAUAUAUAUAUAUAUAUAUUAUAUCCCGAGCCAGCAACGGGACUUUGUUUAUAUUGCAAAUAAAUAUUAUUUUUUCUUUAAA